UAAAACGAGGCGGCCUUCGUUUCCUAGAGAGGACGUGAAUGUGGCGAGGAAGGGAGGUGCGGGUCGCGAGGUCCUCCGGAGCCAACGCUCUUCCCUCCUGCCCAGCCCCCAGUGCGCAUGCCCGGUCCUUCCAGCGGCUUUUUCUGCCUCUUCCCGAGGGGCUUCGGGGACCUGGACUUGGAAGCACCUCUGGGAGUUGCACUGAGAGAAAAUUAGCAAUAAAGGGACAAGUCCCUUUGAAUCCGGUGAGGGCAUUCCAGCAACAUAGAUCAAUGAUGGAAGAAGAUUCAGGUGAACCUGAAGCAAGAAGGGGCCCCCAAACCACCAAGACUGGGAGCAGUGAGGAAUUGUGGGGGGAAACCAUGGAGAAGAGAUUGAGGGAAGAGAACACCCUCAGCUCAAAUGUGCCGCAGCAGCAGUUCAGGAAAUUCCACUACACAGAGGCCAAGGGUCCCCGAGAGGUUUGCAGCCGACUCCACCAUCUCUGCCGUCAGUGGCUGAAGCCAGAACUUCACACAAAAUCUCAGAUCCUGGACCUGGUGAUCCUGGAGCAGUUCCUGGCUGUCCUCCCCCCGGAGAUGGGGAACUGGGUGAGGGAAUGUGAAGCGGAAACCAGUUCCCAGGCGGUGGCCCUGGCUGAAGGUUUCCUCCUGAGCCGGGCAGAGGAGAAGAAGCAGGAAGAGCCGCAGGUAAAUGGUAUGUCGUCAGAAGGGACCAACGAUUUCCAUGAGGCAGAGAAGACUCUCUUGGACGCCGGAGAGCAUUCGCUGAGACAAGGGACAGCCCAGGAGGAGGACAGAGGGGCCUCCUUGCUGGGGAUCUUCUUGUGGAAUGGAAUGGUGCCGGCAAUAUCUACUCAGCCAUCUCUUCUUGGUGCUGGAGGUGAAACAGCUGUUGUGACACCUGACCAGAGUCCAGUGUCCUUUGAAGACGUCGCUGUGUGUUUCUCAAAUGAGGAGUGGGCUGUGCUGGAUUCUCACCAGAAAGUUCUGCAUAGAGAAGUCAUGGAAGAGAUCGUUGCCUCUCUCGGCUCUAAUUGCCACAGAAAGAACUUCCGCCGGAGUCCUGCCAUUACUCCCUAUCAAAGAAUUCACACCGGGGGAAAUCCGUAUCAGUGCUUGGAAUGCGGAAAGAGCUUCAGGCAGAAAAUAACCCUCAUCCGUCAUCAAAGAAUUCACACCGGGGAAAAUCCGUAUCAGUGCUUGGAAUGCGGAAAGUGCUUCAAACAGAAGAUCACUCUCAUCCAUCAUCAAAGAAUCCACACAGGAGAGAAACCAUACAAAUGCUUGGAAUGUGGAAAAGACUUCCUUCGCAGUUCUUACCUUACUUCCCAUCAGAGAAUCCACACAGGGGAGAAGCCGUAUAAAUGUUUGGAAUGUGGGAAGAGUUUCACGAGGAAGAGAAGUCUCACUUCUCAUCAGAGUAUUCAGGCAGGGGAGAAAGUAUAUAAGUGCUGGGCUUGUGGAAAGAAGUUCUGUCAUGUUUCGUACCUUACUUCCCAUCAGAUAAUCCACACAGGGGAGGAGCCCUAUAAAUGUUUGGAAUGUGGGAAGAGCUUCCAUCACAGUUCUCGCCUUACUUCUCAUCAGAGAACUCACACGGGAGAGAAACCAUAUCAGUGCUCGGAGUGUGGGAAGAGCUUCACUCGGAAGAGGAACCUCACUUCUCACGGAAGAAUUCACACAGGAGAGAAACCGUAUCAAUGCACUGAAUGUGGGAAGAGCUUCCGACACAGGCCGCACCUUAUUUCCCAUCAGAGAAUUCAUACUGGGGAGAAACCUUAUCAGUGUUUGGAGUGUGAAAAGGGCUUCUACCUUAGUUCUAGCCUAACUCGCCACCAGAGAAUCCACACGGGGGAGAAACCGCACGACUGCUCGGUCUGCGGGAAGAUAUUCCGCAGGCGCUCGGACCUCAACAGCCACCAGCGAACCCACACGGGAGAGAAGCCUUACGUUUGCCUGAACUGCGGGAAGAGGUUCAACCGGAGCACGAACCUUAUUUCACACAAGAGAAUCCACACGGGGGAGAAGCCCUAUAAAUGCUCGGACUGCGGGAAAAACUUCUGCCACAAAUCCGGCCUGAUCAGGCACCGGAGGACCCACACGGGAGAGAAGCCGUAUGCCUGUUCCGAGUGCGGGAAGAGCUUUAGCCAGAGGCAACAUCUGAUAACCCACCAGCGGAACCACACGGGAGAAAAACCGUUCACGUGCUCCGAGUGCGGGAAGAGCUUCAACCAGAGCCAGCACCUUACCACGCACCAGAGAAACCACACCGGGGAGAAGCCCUUUGAAUGCUCCCAGUGCGGCAAACGCUUUUGCGACAAGUCCACCCUUUUUAGACACCAGAGAAGCCACAUUGGGAAGAAACCCUUCAAAUGCUCCAAAUGCGAAGAGAGCUUCUACCGGAGCAAGCAUCUUAUCAGACAUCAGAGAAUCCAUCUUGAACCUUCGGCGGUCUAAUUUCGUGGGGGUUUUUCCCCCUCCUAAGUUAAUGUAUAUAAACAGUGUUUGUUCCUUG